AUGUUGAAGGUUUUUCAGUUGCACAUCCUGCUCCUGCUCAUCUGUAUUGCAUUGAUGAGGGCACAGCAGCAGCACACGGGGAUUCAGCUUCAUCCCUCAUGGCUUUACUCGAUGCCCUGGCGACCUUUGAUCCUGCCCACGGCAAACCCUUUGCCUCCUCUGACGGGUGUUAGCCAGCUGAGUCCGGGAUACACGGGUCCCCAGACGUUUCCUCCAGUUCCACAGGACCAACAAGAACAGCAUCAGGGUCUUAAGCAGCAACCGCAGCAAUAUAACCUUCAACAGCAGCAGCAAUAUCAGCAACUAAAUCAGCAGCAAUAUCAGCAACAAAGUCAGCAGCAAUAUCAGCAACUAAAUCAGCAGCAAUAUCAGCAACUAAAUCAGCAGCAAUAUCCACAACCAUAUCUACAACAGCCCGUCCUGGUGGGUUUAUUCACUCCUCAGCUGCAGGCUCAUCCAUUGGCAGCUCCCCCACAGGCGGGACAUUUCACCCUGCCCUUCAGGCCAUCACCCUUUGCGGGUUACACUGAUGACGAAGAGGGUGACUCAGUUCGAGGACAGGGAAAUGGCAUCCAAGAGCAACAGCCGCAGCAACAACUGGAGGAACCUCCCUUCCAUGCCUAUCCUUAUAAUAAACUGGCAGCGGAGAGAUCGGAGCCACCAAGGGGAGAUGGAAGAGUCGCUCCACUAGGCUAUGUCUAUUUAUCACCUAGUAAUGUUUAUAAUCUAAUAAAAAGUUAG